AUGGCUCCUAACUACGCUCUCAUCCUCUCGCUCCUCGCAAGCCAAGCAUGCGCCCACACGUUCAUCUGGGGCGUAUUCGUCAACGGCGUUGACCAAGGCACCUUCACCGGCAUCCGAAUACCCGGAUACAACGGGCAAAACGGGAAAGGCGGCUACAACAACUCCCCCGUCAAGGACCUCUCCUCCAUCGACAUGCGCUGCAACGUCAUGGGCGAUAUCCAAGCCCAUGAUACCAUCAAAGUAGCUCCAGGCGAUAACUUAACCUUCGACUGGCACCACGAGCUCCGCAACAACACCGACGAAGUAAUCGCAUACUCGCACCACGGCCCCUCACUCAUCUACAUCUCGCCAGACCCCCCAACCAACUCUUCCUUUGUCAAACUUUGGCAUGCCGGAAAGAUCGAAAACAAUCCCUUCCCGCAGCCCGGUAAAUGGAGCACCACGGCGGAUAUUAGAGCGAACUACGGACGCAUGAAUGUGCGCAUACCCGCAGGCCUGAAAGCAGGACCGUACCUUAUCCGCGCUGAGAUGAUCGGCUUGCACGAGGGUGACGUGAGUUUUGCGCAGAAUCCGCGGAGAGGGGCGCAGUUUUAUCCGGAUUGUGUGCAGAUUGAGGUUGUGGGGGAGGGAGAGGUCGAGUUGCCCGAGGGAGUCGGGUUUCCGGGUGCGUAUUCGUAUGAGGAUCCGGGAGUUGUGCAUAACAUCUACUGCUCGACUGAAACCAAGAAACCAACGGGAUCAGCCGCCCCCUGUCCCACCGACUACGUUAUCCCAGGCCCGAUGGUGUGGUCUGGUGCGUGGCCGGAGACGACUGCCGUUGCAGUGGGCCCCAUCAAAGGUGUUUCGACGGCGACGCCAUGGAGCACGUGGAUUGGGACGAAUAGCGUGGUGACGAGCGCGACAUAUGUGGAUGCGAGGAGUCAGACUAUUGUGGGCAGUUCAAAGUAUACGGCCACGUGGAGUGAGGUGUACGCUUCGCCUACUGCGACGGCGCCGCGGUGGUAG